AUGCAACAUCCUAUCAUGCAACAAGAACAAUCUUCUUCAAUUCCACCACAACGAUACAACUACUCAUCACAGCAACCUCGUUAUCCACAACACGGUCCACCUCGAACGCAACACACCAACAACGAGAAAACGUAUGGUGAGUCUGAAUUUGAUAAUAUUAUGCAUCCACCAAUUCAAACAACUGCGACACUCGGUGAUGGACGAACCAAUAUUAUGGUCAAUGGUAUAGUUGAAUUAAGUGUCACUAUCAAUGAUAUUACCACUGUCAUCACAGUCCUUAUUGUCGCUUCAUUAGGUGCUAAGUUAGUUCUUGGUACGGACCGGUGUAACUCAAAUAAUGUGAACGUGAAUAUUGGUUAAAACCAAGUUGAGAUCAAUCACCCACAAGGCGGAACUACAAUAACACCGUUUCUUGAUGUGGGCUCGGUCGAUGUUCGCCUCGCAGAAGAAAGAAUACGAAAUGCAGGUGCCGAUCUCAUCUGCUACUCCUUAUUUUUACCAGAUUUUAAAAAAUGUCCAAAGUUAAAUAUUCAGAUGAACAACAAAAAGGCUUCAACUUUAACAACACUGGAGACGACCAUGGUGAGUUGGAUGGUCGAAUAAUACCUUGAUCGAGUAGUUUUCCCACUUCCUGUUGCAUUUCUUUUCUUUGUUGAACCGUCCUAUAAUAUGGUCGAACACUUGUUGGUGGGUGAUCACCAGUGUUGAUGGUAUGAUGAAUCUUGGUGUUUGCUCGGGUCAUUUUUGAGGUGUCAAAUGAACGCUUGUUUUGUCGAAGGAUAUUAAGAAAAUCAUUACGAUGAUGUUUAUCAUUAAUGUGCAUUACUAAUUCUUGUAGAACAUUGUCGAGUGAUGAUAAGUUGG